AUGGUUCAGGAGGACUGCGACAGCACGGCGGUGCACGUCGACAGGUCCGCCCAGGCUAUGAAGCUCCAGAAAGCCCAUACGGAGAGAAUGCGCCGCGAGUCGUGGCUGCUCAAGGCAAUUGCGGCAAAACUCCAAGUCGACCGUUUCUUGGUGAAGCAUGGCUUUCGCGUAAAUGACGAUGUCAACAAGCCCAAGAAGACCGCCUUUGGACUUCGCUGCACGUAUCCACUGCAUACGGCCGCCCGGAGUCAAGACUGGCACAUGGUUUGCUUGCUCUUGUACUUCGGAGCAAAUCCCCUGCAGCGUGACAGCCGCGGCCGCACAAUGUUCACGUACAUGGAGGGCCACUGUGUCCCUGAGGAGGUCCGCCGGUUCAUCGGGCAGCCUCAGAGUGCGCUUCCCGACUUCAUCAAACUCUGA